UUUCUUAUUAUCAAAAAGGAUAAUAGCUUACAUCUGAUCAAUAAUGCUCAAAAGUAUAAUAAGUACAGCUUCAAGAAUGCUUUCAUACUGCCUGCCUCAGAUGAAUUCUUGGAAGAGUUUGUUAUAUGCAAGAUUCUUUUACUGCUUGAUUUCUUUUUCGAGUACAAUUAA